GAAUACUGCUCGUCACCGGGAGACAUGAUGGUGUGUAACAAGGAUACGAGUGUGAGAUAAUUCGAGCCUGUGAGUCAUGGCACGUGAUCUCGUGAUUCAUCGCGGAAACCAUGCCCGCAGGACAUACACCAGUCUGUUUCACCAUGUUUACUCUGUCAUUUGUAAGGACACAUAACAUCGUAGAGUGGUCAGGACGAUCGCCCUGGCGGGACGCCCUACCACCCCUUGCUUAUCCUGCACAAGCGUUCCUGCCAAUGUACACCACACUUCCGUAUUUGUCUAGUCCACACGCUGCUAUGCUCGAUAAGCCCUUCUGUGUCUCGAAGCUCCAGCUUCACUGUUUCUUGUGUUUUCCAUCCAUGCCCAAUGAAUUGCUGUCGAUAUUGCGUCUCCUUGGACCAGCUGUCUUUGUCUUGCUAUUAGUUGAGCUGUUCUCACUCCGCACCUGCAUUCCUGGUCGAUGAAUACUUGCAGAGCAGACGCCGAACACUUGCCUUAAGCA